UCACCCUCCCUCCUAGGAGCAGGCAGUGGCAACAACAGCGGCGCAGACUAGAGAGAGAGAGAGAGAGAGAGAGAGAGCCGUGACAAGUGCAGGGCGGAGAGAGAGAGGCAACGUGCAGCAGCAGAGCCGUCUCCCUCCUCAGCCGCCGCUUGGGGUGCAGACAGCAGCCCGCCUCAUAGACAGAGCGCAGGUUGCUGUCUCCGGUCGCUGCUAUACACAUCGCUGUGCCGCUGCUGGCACCGAGCUAUGCUGACCAUGGAUGAGCUGAGGGAGAUGGAUUGCAGCGUACUAAAGAGGCUGCUGAAGAGGGAAGCUGUGCCCGCUAGGACUGGCAGCGUGGGGGUCGGGGGCAGCUGCCUACUCCUGGACUGCAGACCUUUCCUGGCGCACAGCGCAGGCUUCAUCCUGGGCUCGGUCAACGUGCGCUGCAACACCAUCGUCAGGCGCAGAGCCAAGGGCUCGGUGAGCCUGGAGCAGAUCCUGCCUGCGGGGAGCACGGGAGAGCUGGAGGUGCUGAGCCGGCUGCGCUCGGGAAUGUACUCGGCGGUCAUUGUGUACGACGAGCGGAGCCCCAGAGCAGAGUCCCUGCGGGAGGACAGCACCGUGUCACUGGUGGUGCAGGCUCUGCGGAAGGACACUGACAGCACUGACAUCUGCCUGCUGAAAGGAGGCUAUGAAAGAUUUCACUCUGAGUACCCAGAAUUCUGUGCAAAAGCUAAAUCCAUAAACAGUAUUUCUCUGCCUGCUAGUACAGAGCCUGCUGAAAUGGGCUGCAGCUCAUGUACAACGCCACUGCAUGAUCAGGGUGGUCCAGUGGAGAUCCUUCCCUUCCUUUACCUCGGCAGUGCUUAUCAUGCUGCUCGGAGAGACAUGUUGGAUGCCUUGGGUAUCACCGCCUUACUGAACGUAUCUUCUGACUGCCCAAACCAUUUUGAAGGUCAUUUUCAGUAUAAAUGUAUACCAGUGGAAGACAACCAUAAAGCUGAUAUCAGCUCCUGGUUCAUGGAAGCAAUAGAAUAUGUAGAUUCAGUCAAGGAUAAUCAUGGACGUGUGCUUGUACAUUGCCAAGCUGGGAUUUCUCGUUCAGCAACCAUCUGUUUGGCCUAUUUGAUGAUGAAGAAAAGGGUGAAGUUGGAAGAGGCCUUUGAGUUUGUUAAGCAACGUCGAAGCAUCAUUUCUCCAAACUUUAGCUUUAUGGGACAGCUGUUGCAGUUUGAAUCUCAGGUCUUGACCACUACCUGUGCGACGGAGGCUGCUAGUCCUUCUGCCACCCUUUUGGAGCGCAGCAAGAAUUCCUCUUCACCCACAUCUCCUUUCGUAUUCAGCUUCCCUGUAUCAGUAGCAGCACCAAGCAGCCUUCCUUAUCUCCACAGUCCCAUCACAACGUCGCCCAGUUGUUAAAUGGAAAAGAAUACAACAAACCUACUGACUUUAACUGGCUUUGGCCACUUUAGGUCCAAAAGACCUUUUAUAUUAACUGAACUUUCAUUGAGGAUAAUGUAAAUCCUGAAAUAACUGAGCGUGGGUGAACCCUACAAGCAAUAAUAAUUGAGCAGUUUUCCAUCUCCAAAGCCAUUUGAGCAUUAGUGUUUGAUUUUAUUUUAAUGUUUUAUGUUGAUUUUCCUUCUAUAAAUAUAUAUUAUUUUUUAUAAAUAUUUAUAUAGUAACAUUGAUAUUUCAUGUUCAACUUUUAUUUAUUAUUAUUAUUAUUAUUAUUAUUAUUAAAAAAGUGGCUUCAGGGCAGCUUUUUGCUUUAAAGCAAAUAAAGUUUGGGAAUUUUUUUUUGAUUUUCCCAAAGUGCCUACUUUUAUUUAUAUGUAUAUAUACAGAGAUUUUUUUGUUUGUUUCAAUUUGAAUCUGGAAUUUAAAUUAUUUUGUAUUUCCUUCAAAGUUCUGUCCUCCAAAGUAUCAAAAUGCAAUAAGAGAAAAAGCAACAUUUCUGGAACAACAUUCUUUCUAUAUAAUCUAACCAAGAGCACAACAAUGGAUUUUGGCAUUAACCAUUAUUGCUGGACUCAAGUCAGGAACAAUCAGCUGUUACAUAGAGCUCUUUAUGUACCACUAUAGUAUUUCAUACCUAUAAUGCUAAAUUAUUCUUAAUUGUAUCAAUGUUUUUACUUUGAGCUCGCCAGUCAAUGGAUAUUUGUUGGGUUUAAAAUAUGCCACUGGAUGUGGUGUUAUAGUCAAAUUAGCUUGCAGUAUAUUUAUUUUAACUAUGUAGUUAAUCUUUAAGCCACUGUAAAAAUUCUGAUAUGAGGAUUCCUACUGGACUUCACAGUUGUGUGACUCUAGAGAGCAUCAUUCCACUCCUAAUUAAGGUAUUGUAGUCCUUAGCAGAAAUAUCAGUAUUAGGAAGGCCCUAGGGUUGGAUUUUAUAUUUUCAUGGGUAAAAAAAAAACAAAAAAACAAAGAAGGUGGUCUUAUUAUUCAGUAUUUUCUUGUGUGUCAGGAUUUGCAAUAUGAUCUUUAAGUAUCUGUUCCAUUCCUCCUCAAACUCAACCACCCUUAUUAAAUGGCAUAGACACAUGGUUCUUCUUCUAAAUUUCAGAUUAUGGCAUUUUAAUGCCUUGGUAGAAUCUGCCUCCCCAUGCUGUUUUUUUGUUCCAAGAAAUGCAAGCUUAUAGUUGAUAAUAAUUGUGGAGGAGUUUAAUUUGUGAUUUUAUAACCAAUACAUUUUGUUGCUUACUCGGAAGUGUGAGCUGAACAUUGACUCUAUUCUCCAUACACCUGGGCGUUACAUGUUACUCAGGAGGCUCUUUUUUAGUUUGAUGCAACUCCUGUGGAGUAAGCUCUUUAAAGCAGCUCUUAACACAUUGUGAGGGUUAGACAGAUGUAUAACUUGAUGCAAGGUUGAAGCUUUGUUGAUGAUGGUAUGAAUUUGUAUAAAUCGCAUUGUGCUUUCACUGGAAAGUGCUAUUGAUAUAGCCUAACUUAGUGCUUUUCAGCCUUGACCUCCUUAUUUUUUUUUUUAUCAAGAAUUUAAUUUUUUUUAUUAUUUUUUUACCAUUGAGCCAGCAAUUUAAAUGUAUACAAAAGUCCCCUAAAAUGUGGUUGCUUUAGUAUUACAUAGGAAGACCCUUGAGGUAUCUUAAUAUUGUGACUGAAACCCACAUUAUGUUUUUUGGGGUUACCAUCAUUGAUAUUACUCAUAAUAAGCCUGUCUUCCCUUUUUGAGCCAAUACCUAAUCACUCACUUGUAGUAUUUGAAAUAAGCCUAGAAACAUGUCUUUACUCGAACUGGUAGAUUGGCUCCUGCCUUACUCCAUGCUUUGCGAAUAAGUAUUAUUUGAUAGGAACUCUUCCCUUUUACUGAGAGUAUUCAGACAAUUGCACUUACGGCAUUAAAGUUUAGUUGGCUAAUUGUAGUCUACAUAAACUGAAAGCUGCAACAAAUGAAAUGUUACUAAUGUCAGUCCUUCAUCAAAACACUGUGAUGUGAUUUCACAUAUAUUGAGUUGUGGACAAACCUCCCGGAGAUCCUGUUUGGCAGCUGACUCUCGCAUUCAGAUUAUAAUCUCUAUGGCCAGUCAAUACCCUUGUUUGUCCAUUUCCUUUUCAAAACUGUUGAUAUUCCUGUUGAUAACACACACCUACAUUAGCCUAUCAAAGGGGGUCUAUGUACUAAGCCUUAGCAAGAGAUAAAGUGGACAGAGAGAAAGUACCAGCCAAUCAGCUCCUACCAUGUUACAGACUGUGGGGCAGAUGUAUUAAC